CUUUUUUGUUUCGUAAGCCAGCAAGUGUGGCUUUUUUCCCUUUCCCCUCCUCCUAGCCUCAAUGGAACCAGCGCCGGCAUGGCCACAGCUUCCUGCACGCUUACCUGAUCAUCAGAGGAAAGCUGGGAUGGCACCAACCGCCCCUCCUCCUCCCCCUCUUCCCCAAUCCAAAAAAGUACUGGGGGGCCGCCAAUGACGCAGGAAGAACAAGAGAAUAGAGACGCCAUUUCCCACACCAUCCCAUCCUCUCCUCGUGCAGCCUACCUAAUCACUACAACCCGGAGAUCUCAAAGGUCUGCACAGUAGUCUACUCUCCUGUUCCCUGUUCUAGGUAACAGCAACGAUCCCGAAAUGGCCGAAACAUCUACCGAACCACAGUCAGCGUCGACAUCAACGCCGCUGCCCCGUGUCGCGAUCCAGUUCUGCACUCAGUGUAAGUGGAUGCUUCGCGCAGCAUAUUUCGCCCAAGAGCUCCUAUCGACAUUCGGAACCUCCAUCGGCGAGGUCGCCCUCCAACCCUCCACAGGCGGCACCUUCACCGUGACGCUGACCCACCAACCCGCCGGCGCGACAACGACCUCCUCAACCAUCCUCUGGGACCGCAAGACCGAAGGAGGCUUCCCCGAGACCAAGGAGCUCAAGCGCCGUCUCCGCGACGUCAUCCAGCCCGACAGAGACCUCGGCCACGUCGACCGUAAACACUCCAAGCCUGCGACGACGACGACGACGACGACAACGGAUCAGACUUCGACGACGACGACAACAGCAAUCAAACCCGAAACCUCCACCCAACAACCAACGACGCUAGCCUCCGACGCACUCGCCACCGCGCCGACAAUGACGAUGCCUUCCUCCGCAGCCGCCUCGGACGUGGUCUCUCAGCUCAAGAAGCACCCCGCCAACGCAGGCCACUCCCCGGCCGCCAGCGAAACGAAGCCCACCUCCGAGAGCAAAGAACAGAGUUCAUCCUCCUCUCUAAGUGACGCAGCUCGGGACGCCAUCGGCGCAGCCCGCGCGAACAAGGGACAGCAGGCCAAGGCCGAGAUCUCGCCCGCAGGCCAGCUGCCUGGUCAGCAAUAUGACGAUCCGCCGGCCAAGUUCAACAAGGAGAAGUGCGAGGACUGUGCUUGAGAAACCCGGGUCCCUAUAUAUACACUGAACACCUGAUCUGGUCUGGUAGGCCGAUGUAUUCAGCCCUGCCCUGCCAUGCUCUACUCUGGUGUAGCCAGCCUUGCAAGGCCUGGCGCGGGGGACCGGUGCGCGGGGGCUAACCGUAGAUAGCACCAUGGUCACGGGAUCCCAAACUCGCAAAGUUCGCCUCGACUGCUACCCCUAGGUAUCUCAAAAUGUCUCUCAAUAUCUGUUGCCCAGUGGCCGGGGGAGUUGGGGGCGGUAAGCAAGGGCUUUGGAAUGUGAACCGGGAUUACUAGUGAUGCGGACCUGGGGAUCGGCACGGACGGGAACGUCUACGCGGUAUCUAGGUGGCACGCGUGGGUAUGAAGCGUCUAAACUAAAUGACACGAAACAUGCAAUGCAUGAUUUGAAGAGCUCUCUUCUCCGUCAGCGGGAGCACACAAUCUUCAGUAAACACAAUUAGUAUACACAAUGAGCACGUC